UGUUUCCCCAAACACAAAAAUAUACGCUUUCUCUCUCUCACUUCAAAAUCCUCCCGAGACCUCUCUUCUUCUCGCAGCCGACGAUCCAUCCAAAAAAAAAACUCGGACACCGGUGAUCGUCUUUCACCUACCUCGCCGACCUCUCCGUCCUCUCUAUUACGAUCUACCAUCACCACAAUCCGUUUUCUCUCGAGUCCGAUACAAACUUGCGAAAAAAAUCCCUCGAAACGUUUACGAAACUUUUUCUCCAGUUUCUGUAAUUUUGAAUUCGGCUUCGAAGAGAUUAGAUUGUCCGUUCUAUUGAGACCUUGAAGAUUGUUGCCGACUGCAAGCCAGAGCGAGAGAGAGAGAGAGAGAGAGAGAGAGAGAGAGAGAGAGAGAGAGAGAGAGCGAGAGAGAGCUUACUUUAGUUGCUGGCUUCAUGUGAGAAGAUGGCCUUCUUUAGAAACUACUCUAACGAUACUGUGUCACAUAAUGUUGUGGAUGAAAAUGAGGAGCCGCAAAAUGCUGCCACUUUUCAGACUUCACCUUUGAAUGAAGAUGUGGAUGGUACCUAUAGUGAAAGAGGCUUUGACAUGAACAUGGAUGUACGGUAUCAAAGUGACCCAGAACCAGGAUGUAGUAUUAGGCAGCAAAAUCAGACAGCAAUUGAUGAUGUAGCUGGUCCUGUGGAUUCCCAUUAUCAACCUUCGGCUAGGAGAAUGGGUGUCACAGGGAGGUGGGGUUCCACUUUUUGGAAAGACUGUCAGCCAAUGGGACAGAGAGAGGGCUCUGAUCCUGCCAAAGAUUCACAAUCCGGUUACAAAGAAGCUUACCAUUCUGAAGAUAAUCUCUCAAAUGAACGUAGUGAAAAGUUAGAUUCUGAAAAUGAAAAUGACGAGGAUACUGAAAUGAACAAGCAUCAAAGUGGUCAAGCUGAUGUCCCUGCAGAUGAAAUGUUGUCUGAUGAAUAUUAUGAACAGGAUGAAGAUAAUCAAAGUGAUCAUGUGCACUACAAAGGAUAUAGUAAUCCCACAAAUUCUAGAUCACUGCCGAAGACAGGAUCUGCUAUCCAUAGCAACUCGAGGGCCUCAAGAGCAAUUCACAGAAACAUUCACUAUAGUAAUAGUAAUCAUGAACACAAUGGUGAUGCUGAUAUAGACUAUGAAGAGGAGGAAGAUGAGGAUGACCCUGAAGAUGCUGACUUUGAGCCCUAUGAUGCUGUUGAUGAUGGUGGUGCAAGGAAAAAGCAUGGCCAAGGUUGGGACGUUUCUGAUGAAGAUCCUGAGAGUGAUGAUGAUAUCGAUCUUUCCGACUACGAGGAUGACUAUGGUACAAAAAAGCCCAAGGUUAGGCAACAGAGUAAAGGUUUCCGGAAAUCUAGCUCUGGACUUGAACGAAAAUCAUCCCAUGCUUCAAAUCGACAAAAGAGGAAAACGUCAUAUCAAGAUGAUGGCUCAGAGGAGGACUCUGAUAAUAACAACGAUGAGGGUUUUAGAAGCCUAGCCAGAAGAGGCACAACUCUCCGACAAAACAAUGGUAGGUCAACCAAUAACAUAGGACAGAGUAGUGAAGUUCGCAGCUCCACCCGAUCAGUUCGUAAAGUCUCUUAUGUGGAGAGUGAAGACAGUGAAGAUAUGGAUGAUGGGAGAAAUCGUAAAAACCAAAAGGAUGACAUUGAAGAGGAGGAUCCGGAUGUUAUUGAAAAAGUGCUCUGGCAUCAGCCGAAGGGUAUGGGUGAAGAUGCUCACACAAAUAACAAAUCAACAGUUCCUGUUUUAGUUAGCCAACUGUUUGAUACUGAGUCAGAUUGGAAUGAAAUGGAAUUCCUUAUAAAAUGGAAAGGCCAAUCACACUUGCAUUGUCAGUGGAAAACGUUGAGCGAUCUCCAAAAUCUUAGUGGGUAUAAGAAGGUUCUUAACUAUACGAAGAAAGUGACGGAGGAGAUUAGGUAUAGGACAGCACUCUCACGAGAGGAGAUUGAGGUCAAUGACGUGAGCAAAGAAAUGGAUCUGGACAUCAUUAAGCAGAAUAGUCAGGUAGAAAGAAUAAUUGCAGAUCGAAUCAGCAAAGAUGGUUUAGGGGAUGUUGUGCCAGAGUAUCUAGUUAAGUGGCAAGGGCUAUCUUAUGCUGAAGCAACUUGGGAGAAGGAUGUCGAUAUAGCAUUUGCACAAGUUGCUAUUGAUGAGUACAAGGCUCGUGAAGUUUCAAUUGCAGUGCAAGGGAAAAUGGUAGAACAGCAGCGUACAAAAGGAAAAGCAAGUUUGAGGAAGCUUGACGAGCAGCCUGAGUGGCUAAGUGGAGGUACUCUACGGGACUAUCAGCUGGAGGGUUUGAAUUUUCUUGUCAACAGCUGGCUUAAUGAUACUAAUGUCAUUUUGGCUGAUGAAAUGGGUCUUGGUAAAACAGUUCAGUCGGUUUCAAUGCUUGGGUUUUUGCAGAAUACCCAACAAAUCCCAGGUCCAUUUCUUGUUGUUGUGCCUUUGUCAACUCUAGCUAACUGGGCUAAAGAAUUUAGAAAGUGGCUUCCUGGCAUGAAUAUAAUAGUAUAUGUUGGCACCCGAGCUAGUCGAGAGGUAUGUCAGCAAUACGAAUUUUACAAUGAAAAGAAAGUAGGCCGUCCCAUAAAGUUCAAUGCACUGUUGACUACUUACGAAGUAGUUCUGAAGGAUAAAGCUUUCCUCUCCAAGAUUAAGUGGAUUUACUUAAUGGUGGAUGAAGCACAUCGACUGAAAAAUAGUGAGGCACAGCUCUACACAGCUCUUUUGGAAUUUAGUACAAAGAACAAAUUGCUAAUUACUGGUACUCCACUACAGAAUAGUGUCGAAGAGCUUUGGGCUCUGCUCCACUUUCUUGAUCCUGGCAAGUUUAAGAAUAAGGAUGAGUUUGUUGAAAACUACAAGAACCUUAGCUCAUUUAAUGAAUCUGAACUCGCCAAUCUUCAUUUAGAAUUGAGACCCCAUAUUCUACGACGAGUGAUUAAAGAUGUUGAGAAGUCGUUGCCUCCAAAAAUCGAACGUAUACUAAGAGUUGAGAUGUCCCCUCUUCAGAAACAGUACUACAAGUGGAUACUGGAGCGCAACUUCCGUGAUUUAAAUAAAGGGGUGCGCGGUAAUCAGGUUUCACUUUUAAACAUCGUGGUGGAGUUGAAGAAAUGCUGCAAUCAUCCUUUCUUAUUUGAGAGUGCAGACCAUGGAUAUGGGGGUGAUAUAAACGAUAACUCUAAGCUGGAUAAAAUUAUUCUAAGCAGCGGAAAGCUAGUUAUCCUAGACAAGCUACUGGUUAGACUGCGUGAGACUAAGCAUCGUGUGCUCAUCUUCUCUCAGAUGGUAAGAAUGUUAGAUAUCCUGGCGGAAUACCUGUCUCUUAGAGGUUUCCAGUUCCAGAGACUAGAUGGUAGUACUAAGGCAGAACUGCGUCAGCAGGCAAUGGAUCAUUUUAACGCACCUGCUAGUGACGACUUUUGCUUUCUUCUUUCGACCCGAGCUGGUGGACUGGGUAUCAAUCUUGCUACUGCUGAUACAGUCGUUAUAUUUGACUCUGAUUGGAAUCCACAGAAUGACCUGCAGGCUAUGAGUCGAGCGCACAGAAUUGGGCAACAAGAGGUCGUGAACAUUUAUAGAUUUGUCACUAGCAAAAGUGUUGAAGAAGAGAUCCUGGAGCGCGCGAAAAGAAAAAUGGUACUUGAUCAUUUGGUUAUUCAAAAAUUGAAUGCUGAGGGUAGGCUGGAGAAGCGAGAAACUAAAAAGGGAAGUAAUUUUGACAAGAACGAGCUUUCUGCAAUAUUGAGAUUUGGAGCGGAAGAACUUUUUAAAGAGGAGAAAAAUGAUGAGGAAAGUAAAAAGCGGCUGUUGAGUAUGGAUAUUGAUGAAAUCCUAGAGAGGGCAGAGCAAGUUGAGGAAAAGGAUAUUGGUGAAACAGAACACGAGCUGUUAGGUGCUUUUAAGGUUGCCAACUUUUGCAACGCUGAAGAUGAUGGGUCCUUCUGGAGUCGCUGGAUAAAACCUGAAUCUGUGGUUACAGCCGAAGAAGCUCUUGCACCACGGGCUGCUAGGAGUACAAAGAGUUAUGUGGAUCCUAGCCAUCCUGACAGGACUAGCAGAAGGAAAAAGAAAGGAUCUGAGCCUCCGGAGCAUACAGAGAGAAGUCAGAAGCGCAGAAAAACUGAAUUUUUUGUUCCUUCAACCCCAAUAUUAGAGGGGACUUCAGCUCAAGUGAGAGGCUGGUCUUAUGGAAAUCUUCCUAAGAGAGAUGCGCAGCGAUUUUAUCGAACUGUCAUGAAGUUUGGGAACCAUAACCAAAUUGCAUGUAUUGCAGAAGAGGUGGGUGGUGUUGUUGAAGCAGCCCCGGAGGAAGCACAAGUUGAGCUGUUUGAUGCGUUAAUUGAUGGUUGUAAGGAAUCUGUUGAAACAGGAAAUUUUGAACCAAAGGAACUGGCUGCAGCUGGAGGGAAAAAUACAAACGCAAAAGCAUCCCGUAAAAAUUCCAAAAAGGUUAAGGAUAAUCUUAUCAAUCAAUUUAAAGCGCCUGCCAGAGACCGAAGAGGAAAAUCGGGUCCUGCCAUAUCAACAAAAGAUGGACCUCAGAAAACCCAAAAAGCUGAGCCGUUGGUAAAGGAAGAAGGAGAAAUGUCUGAUGAUGAGGAAGUUUACGAGCAGUUCAAGGAGCAGAAAUGGAUGGAAUGGUGUGAAGAUGUCUUGGCUGAUGAAAUCAAAACUCUUGGACGUCUACAAAGAUUGCAAAGCACGAGUGCAGAUCUGCCAAAGGAGAAGGUGCUUUUCAAAAUCCGGAGAUAUCUGGAAAUUGUAGGGCGAAGAAUAGAUGAAAUUGUCGUAGAACACGAAGAAGAUUUAUAUAAGCAAGAUAGAAUGACAAUGAGAUUGUGGAACUAUGUUUCAACUUUCUCAAAUUUGUCGGGGGAUCGACUCAAUCAGAUAUACUCCAAACUGAAGCAGGAGAAAGAAGAAGAGGAAGGGGUCGGGCCAUCGCACCUAAAUGGCUCAUCUGCUGGCUUUGGUUCUAGGAACUUCCAGAGGCAACAAAAAUACAAAACAGCAGGGAAUUCCCAAGGAUCGCAGCAGGUAUACAAGGGCAUUGACACAGCAAAGUUUGAAGCCUGGAAACGGCGAAGAAGAACAGAAAACGAUGUGCAGUCUGAGCGACCACCGAUAACAAACUCUAACUCACUGGGAAUACUCGGCCCUGGACCAUUGGAUAGAAGCCAUCGGGCACGUCAAACUGGAUUUCCCCCGAGAUAAGUUUACUCUGUUCUGGUACAAUACAAUAUGCGGUGCAUCUGCCGGUUGGACUCUGGUUUUAUCAUGGAUUUAGAAGUUCAACAUAGAUACGCGGGAGAUUCAUUUUUUUCAUAUAAAAAAAAGUCGGAAACACAGCAGCAAUAUGUUCAGUUUUGGUUGCUAAAAUUGGAGAUUGGCAUGCCUGACUAGCUGAUGCUGACGCUGACGGAAUGAUAUAUACCGGAGAAAGCCAUAAGUUUGUUGUUGAACAAAGAGAUAGCACUUACCAGGUGGUUUGCUUAGGUAUAAAAUAGUUGUGGAUGUAGUCGAGUUGCUGAACUCUAUUUCCUUAUAUCUAUAUAUAUGUUACCCAUUCGGGCUAGAGCAAAUUGUACAUUACCAGUUUUGUUAAUUUUAUUUUACUUAUAUUCUGUGUUUCUUAUGCU